AUGUCUUCUUCAAACGGCAAAUGCCAAGACCCUGCAAAAUGCCAGCUUUCGCUAGAGAUUUCCAGUGCCCUGAAAGAAUUCUCGCUGCCUCAUAACUGUAGCUUCGAGGAGGCCAAGCGUCUGCUUCUUGACAAGAUAGUGAGCACUGCAUUGGACAGCACGAGCUCCAACAUCACGGCGAUCCUGAAGGACGAGCUCAAAAAGUGGGAAAGCGAGACCCAUGGAACUCGGUCUUGA